UAUUUUUUAGGUUUCACACAGAAUGGUAUAUUUAUUAUUGUCAUGCCCAGGCGGAUGUCCAAAUGGUAGUCACUUUCAUGACAGACAAGCAAGUAAUCCUUGCGAUGCAACUAAACAGGAAUUUGAAAUAAGAUGGAAUAUUACAGCUGAAGAUACUGAAAUUGAAUUUGUGUAUGAAAACGGUACGCUUAACAGAACGUUUAUAGUCCCAGGCGUACAACUUGACUUUGAUGUUAUGAUUAUGGCGGCAUUUUUAGGCAGUGCGAACUUUACAGUUGACUUGCCGGAGAAAGACUGUGACAAAAUAAUAAGUGAUGAUGCUGAUAAUUAUGGCAUAGAAUUUAUAGUACCAACUUCUACAAGCACAAGCACAAAAAUAUUUCUAACAAACGCUAGCCCUACUAUAAAAGUUCAUGUUAAAGUUUAUGACAGUGAUGGGACCCUAAAAGAAGAACAUGUUGUUUCUACUUCAAGUACAUCGAUGAUUACGACCGCUCCAAGUAAAGUAUUAUUCAUUAGAGCAACAGCUGAAAUUUCAGUUUACGCUGUACAUUUAGAUGCUUCAAACGUUAAUGUUUAUGGUUAUUCUGUUAUCCCUGUAGAUGUCCUUGGUCCUAACUACCACGUGUUUCCCGACAGUUCUAAUGAGGAGUGUACGUCCUAUUCAUUCGCAGAAUAUUCUUCACAUAAGACUGUUAUAGAGACAAAACCUUAUAAAGCAGAUCAAUACCUGUUCCAAGAAGGUCGUCCACGUGCUGUGUUUUGCAGUACAAGCAAUUAUUUGGUUCAAAUUCCACCUCGCGAGAGUUUGGGAACUCAGCAUUUCAUUCCGUCAUUAGACAUUGUAACAAAUGAAGAGGCAGAGAUCCGUCUAGUCGCCAGUGAGGACAGUACAGUUGUAACAAUACGCGGGAAUUAUGAUAAUCUAGACACAAUCGACCUUAACGGAGAUGGUUAUACACGGGAAGUCGUUCCAAAUAUGGUGUACAACAUUUCAUCAACGAAACCUAUUUUAGUGCUUCUCCAGAUAAAAGCUACCACUAAUGUUUGGACGUCUGUAAUUGCUAUCCCUCCAGUGAGACAAUAUAAAACACAGCACCAUUUUCAUAACUUCAAUGAUGAUCCGAUGAUCUUAUUAGAAAAAAGGACAAGAUAUGCGACUGAUGAAAAUGGAAAUGUCGGCUCUCAGCCAAGCAUUGGUAUUCAAGCCUUUAAUAAUCCAGAAACCUAUCUAAAUAAAACGUUUGUCCUUGACAUAUUACAAUUGGAAUCUUCAGUCAAACUUUUAGUUCCAGGAAAUGUGAUGUACACUAGUAAGAAGGUGUGCACGAUAACUAAAGGUGUGCCAGGUGACAACAUUGACAACGAUUGUGACGGUCUUGUGGACGAGGAACAGUGUACGGUCGAUAUUAUACCUGGUGAAAUAGACGCUGACAUAGAUGGCGCUCUGAAUGAAGACUGUGCAAGUGGGACAACUCCAAAGCCUGUGACGUCAUUUAAACUUCCACUACGUGAGGAAACAAUCGAUUGUCCUACUACUAGUUCUACUACUGAGGAACCCACAAAUACCGAAGGAAAUGCUGCAGAUAAUAGGCCUAGAAUUGUUAUAGACAAUGGUGUUUCACAUGAUAUUAAUCCGCCGACAUCUUUCCCGCAAAAAGCCAUCCAGUAUGGCGAAGGACCUUCUUACACACCGUUAGCAAGUUCUGGAGGAGGCAUCGACAUUUUUGGUUCACCCUCAACUACGCCAAGCCCAGGAUCAACUGCAG